GAUGACAGAACCACGUGCUGCGGCAUGCGACUUGUGCCAAAUCGCUCCUGGCCCUAUUUUGGCAUUCGAUAUUCGAAGCUGGCAUGCCUGAGGAGUAGAUGUCACAUCGCGUCGUGAUCGUGCAUAGUCGUGCGAUCUUUUGUUUCUCUUUUUCCCUCUAUCCUGCUAGGCCAGGAUACGAUACAUAAAUGGCGCAGGAAGUUCCUGAACCGACGUACGAGCCGGAAGUCGAAGAAGACGCAAGGAGAAAGCGUGAGCACCGAGUUGUUCAGGAGGGCACGGCGUUAUGGAGGCGACGGAAGGAGGAGCUGCAACGUCAAAAGCACCGCGAGCAACGUGAACUGCAGGAAAUUCUGGCCAAUUACUCGCCGUGGGGUAAGCCAGGUGGCGGCGCGCCCUGCGCGGCCACCCUGAAGAAGAGAAACGUGCCCCUGGAGCCGCUCGAACCGCCGAGAUGUCACAGUUUCGGUCAGGGUUGGACGAGCAACUCGACCAUCGACAGACUAUACAAGAGAAACACGGACCCUCCGGCUGUUGUGGACGUGAAUAAAUUCUACGAUGACAGGGCGACGCCAGGUAUCGCUUCGGAAACACAACUGCAAGACCCGAGGAAUCUCUACAAGGAGGAGGUUCAGGUGUAUGAACUUACGGGUGGUGUCGAAUUGGUACCUUUGUUAACCAGCAGACGCCAUCAGUCGUAUCCGCAGUCCAGCCGAUAUCUCGCCACGGAUGCCACUCGUCCGGGAUACACGAUAGAAUCGCUUCGAGCGCUUGGCGUUGGUAAUCGAGAGUACAUCGCGGAUCUCGCUGAGCAAAUACGACGUAAGCGGGACAGGGCGUUGGAAGAACGGCGGAUCGAACAGGAGAGUUGUCGCAGGCACUUCGAUACUUGGAAAAGGCUGUGGGGUAGACCCGGCCACGGUGCCCCCAUAGAUCACACGCAACGGAACAAUCUCUACAACAUCCUCCAUCGACCGGCUAUCUAUUGAAUUUUCCCGUAAAGCGUUUCGUCUUCGAGCGAGCGUAAAAGCGGAGGUGACUCCGUCUCUCUGCAAAAUGCCGCCUUUUAUAAUACGAAACGAAUAAAGAGGAGGUUAUUAGAUACCAGCGACCAACGCGAGAUAGGAAGUAUCGUUUCCACAGGAGAUAGUAGAUGGGCAUAAUAUAUAAAUAAUCCUCCUGGUUCUUCGAGGAGGAUGAUAGUGAGCGAAAAGUGCAUAAUAUAAUCCCAAUUAAAUGUAGAUUAAAAUCUCUCUUAUGCAGACCGUUUAUUUUCAAAGCCAAUCAAAUUUUAUAACGUACAUAAGGAAUUUAACUGGAU